CUUUCCUCUGGUGCACUGCAUCCAAUCCAUUAUCUUAUACACUAUCAAGUGCACUUACAAAGGGACUACAGAUCCAAAUGAGAUUCAGCCGGAAAGCAAUAAAACAGAGAUUUUCAGUAACGGGAAGAAGGCCGAGCCACAUCAAGCGUCUUUCAGGAUGGGGCAGCUGGGCAUUCUCACAGUUUUGUGUUUGGCUUUAAUGCUAUUGUUACAUGACACAUCUGCAAGCAAGAAAGGUCCAAGCAACAAGAAGCCUCCCACUAAAACUAGCAACACCCAGGCCAACUAUCCGAGGCAGCCCAAACCAAAUCCGGCAGGUGGGAGCUAUCCGGCAGGUGGGAGCUAUCCGGCAGGUGGCAGCUAUCCGGCAGGAGGCAGCUAUCCGGCAGGUGGCAGAAAUCCGGCAGGUGGCAGCUAUCCGGCAGGAGGCAGCUAUCCUGCAGGAGGCAGUUAUCCGGCAGGUGGCAGCAAUCCGGCAGGUGGCAAAUAUCCCGCAGGUGGCAGCUAUCCGGCAGGUGGCAGCUAUCCGGCAGGAGGCAGCUAUCCGGCAGGUGGCAGCAAUCCGGCAGGUGGCAGAUAUCCCGCAGGUGGAAGUUAUCCCGCAGGUGGAGGUUAUCCAGCAGGUGGAGGUUAUCCCGCAGGUGGAGGUUAUCCCGCAGGUGGCAGCUAUCCGGCAGGUGGCAGCUAUCCGGCAGGUGGCAGCUAUCCGGCAGGAGGCAGCUAUCCGGCAGGUGGCAGAUAUCCCGCAGGUGGCAGCAAUCCUGCAGGUGGAAGUUAUCCCGCAGGUGGAAGUUAUCCUGCAGGCGGAAGAUAUCCUGCAGGUGGGAAUUACCCAGCUGGAGGACAGUAUCCAGCACAAGGGGGAAAUAUUCCUGGAGGGUAUCCUAACCAGUAUCCAGGAAGAGGAGGUGUAAAUCAAGGUGGGAAUUCCAAUCAGUACCCUUCAGGUGGUCAGUACCCUGGAGGAGGGGGUAUAAACCCUAACCAGUAUCCUGCAGGGAGAGGAUACCCUGCAGCUGGUGGCUACCCAGUGAGAACAGGAGGACACCAAGGGGGUUAUCCAUCCAUGGGAGGAUCAUAUCCUAACUGGAAUCCUAACAACAAAAUCCUUAGUCCCGGCUAUGGAGGUGGAUUUGGGGGUCAACGGCAUGGAAUGGGUGGCUCCCCAUUCUCAAACACAGUUCAAAGCAUGGGCUAUAAUCCAUCUGCGAGGUCCAAAGGCUUUGCCAAAAAGGCAAUGUUGGCAGCUGGAGUUGGGGCUGUUGCAGGGAUGGCUGUAGGAUAUGGCGUGGGUCGAUUUCCACGGCCACACUUUCAGUUCGGCAGCCGCCAAGAGGAGUAUUCCUACAACCAAUACAUGCACCAACGCUAUGACGUGAAAUCUGCUGACACAAAUCAGCGUGGAUCAUCAUCAGUCAUCAAUCAUGACUUUGCAUUCAAACCACCAGCUGAGGCCCAGACUUACGAAAAAUACAUGGACAACUGUGUGAAAAGAUCUGACCUCUUGCAAAAUCGUGAUGCAAAGAUUAGUAUCAUACAGGGGGAUGAUCCCAUGACUGGAUCUCUUGAGGCUUCCAGUGGCAUUUCUGAGAGAGUUGGCACUGCUGAAAAUGGUACAAUUAAGGAUCCAGUGCCUGUUGAGUCUCAAGAGAGCAAUGAUGAUACAGUGAGCAUCACAGAGAUUGGUUACCCUGCACUCAUCCAGCAAAUGAAGGCUCGUAAAUGUGUAGAGCUAUACAUGGUAUACUCUGAGAGCUUCCUGCAGAAGCAGGCACAACAGAAACCCAAAAACCGUAGUGACCCACCUGGACAUGGUUUCCAUGUAAUGCUCAUGACUGCGAUCAUGUCUCUCAGCAGCACCUUCUUGUUGAAGUGACAGCAAGGAUAUGGCCCUAGGGUGUGUUAAACUGGGGUGUGUCCAAAAUUCAACCCUUCUCAGUCACUACCUGACAUAUCACAAUAUUAUCGUGUUAUUGUAUGAAAAUAUCGCAUGGUUUUCAGUACCUGUUAUUCCUAUCCAGCAAACAUAGACAGUACUUAAUUCAAUGCUUGCUAGAUUCUCAGCAACUAAACUUUUAGCAAAGAAUGAACUGGCUAAUGUGGCUUGUUAACUGCCUAGUGCAAUACUUAAUAGUAAUCAAUAGUUAAUUUAAAGCAUUUCUUCUUUUUGGUAAUGGAAAAUUAUUCUAUAAAGAAAGGGUCAGGAACUGUGGUUUUGCACUGAAAAUGAGCUGUAUAUGCUGUAUUAUUAUUAUUAUUAUUACUAUUAUUAUAAUUUGUUGGAAAAUAUGUGACUUCUGGUGGCUUUUUAUUAUUUCUAAAUAAACUAACAUUUCUAACACA